GCCAGUUCCACGGAUCUCAUUGUUGCUUGUCGUAAGCUCGUUGACCUUUGACUGGAACUUUUCGACUUCUUCCUUUAGCUUUCGGAUGGAGGCAGCGUCUUUUUCAGCGAAAUCCUUGAGUUGCUUGAUCUUUUCGGUACUUUGCGUACCAUUUUGUAGGAGCUCUUCGUUCCUCGUAGAAAGCUCUUUGUUCUUUUCUUUUUGCUUGCCGAGGUCCGUUUCUAGUUCCGAAAUUCGAUUGGCGUCAUCCGUAGCGGCGGCGAUGAGCGUUUCAAUGUCGAUGGACUUGUCCGUGACCUUCUGUCCGAGCUCAGUGAUCCUAGCUUUUCCUUGGAGAAUGUUCCUACCAAGCGCAGGGCUUCGGUGGCGGCCUUAUCUGCAUCGCCUUCUAGGCGUGUGACUUGGUCAGACUUUACUUGUACGUCCGAUUCGAGGCUUUGGAUGCGAGUAGCGAAUUUCGUUUUCUCCUCGCCG